AGAAAUGGCCCGCCAAAAGAAUAUCUUCUCUGUGAUGGCCAUGGUCACUGUCGGCGCGUCCGCGUUUAUUCUGCCCCUGAAGCAACCCCUCAACGGCCCAGCCCUAUGUGUUCAACGUGCCUCUUCUACCGCCCGCUUUGCGGUUAGUCAAGACGAAUUGAAGAAGCAAGUGGGCUACAAAUCGGUGGACGACUACGUGCAGAGUGGAAUGGUUGUGGGUUUGGGCACUGGCUCCACUGCCGCUUUUGCUGUGGAGCGAUUGGGCAUGAAGCUUAAAGCAGGUGAGUUAAAGGACAUAGUGGCCAUCCCCACCUCCAUCCGAACCAAGGAGCAAGCAGAGAGUCUGGGCGUUCCCUUGGUGACGCUCGAUUCUCACUCCGUCUUGGACGUGGCGAUUGACGGCGCGGAUGAGGUAGACCCGGCCCUGAAUUUGGUCAAGGGACGUGGAGGGGCCUUAUUGCGCGAGAAGAUGGUGGAGGUGUGCGCCAAGAAGUUCAUCGUUAUCGUGGAUGACAGCAAAAUGGUUCCGGGAUUGGGCGUGACGGGAGCCAUGCCCGUGGAAAUCACCCCUUUCUGCCAUGAACACACUCAACGCACGAUUCUGGAGCUCCCGGGGGUCAAGGGCGCAGCCACAGGGAAGCUGCGCAUGGACGGCGACAAGCCCUACGUUACGGACAACGACAACUACAUUGUGGAUUUGUACUACACGGAUCCGAUCGCGGACGUGAAAGCGGUGGCGCGGGCCUUGGAGGGAGUGGUGGGGGUGGUGGAGCACGGUUUCUUCUUGGACAUGACCACCGCGGUGAUUGUGGCUGGCAAAGAGGGAAUCGAGGUCAUCAACAAGAAGUAAGGAGGGGAAAGGAUACUAUGGGGGAUAUGACGAAGGCUUGAUUGAGGGCCUGAAGCCCGAAAAAGGGGUGAAAGGGCGAAACUUUGCGAGAAAGGAGAAAGUGAUGCAUGUAAUGACGUGGAACGGCGGCAUCUCGCAGGCCACCUCUCUUCUUGCGAUCUUGUUCACCGCACACGAUGAAUGGAAGCAAAACAAAGCGCUAGAAGCGAUCAUUGGCAUCAAUA